AUGGCGACAGAUUUCGGUGUUAUUGGCCUUGGCAUCAUCGGCUAUGGCAUAGCCAGUAACCUCCGCAAGAAGAUUCCCGCUUCCUCAACUCUUCAGGUUCUAGACCUCGAUCAGGCCAUCAUCCAACGACUCAUCAACGACUUCGGCAGCUAUGGCAAGAUCGAAGUCGCUUCCUCGCCAAAAGAUCUUGUAAACAAAGUCGGCGCUGGAGCCGUCCUCUCCAGUCUUCCCGCAGGCCCCCAUGUUCGCAAGGUCUAUCUCGAUCCCGAAAAUGGUGUCAUCGCAGCUACCAAAAACCCUGAGCGCCUGAUGAUUGACUGCAGUACCAUUGAGAUUGAGUUUACACAGGAGCUUGGCAAGACAAUCAUCGAUGCUGGACUUGGUAGCUUUGUCGAAGCUACGGUAUCAGGUGGAAUGUGGGGUGCCAACGCAGGAACCCUAUCCUUCAUGGUCGGCCAUCCCGAGCCAAACGCAGACGACAAAAUAGGCCAGCGUAUCUAUGACACCUUAUCCCUCGUUGGUAUACCCAGCACAAUCACAUUCUGCGGCGGUCUUGGCAUGGGUCAAGUUGCUAAGAUAGCGCACAACUACAUCACCCUCGCCAACAACCUGGUCGCAACGGAAGGAAUGGCAAUCGGGCUCAAAUACGGAAUCGACAAGAAAGCUCUCUAUAAGUGCAUUAGAGAGGGAACUGCGAAUUCUUGGGUGAUGGGACUCGAGCAGCCGGUCCCUGGUCUUGUUCCUGAGGCCCCGUCUAGCAACAAGUAUAAGAGAGCGUUUGCGCCGGCGCUCAGUGUGAAAGACCUUACUAUUGGUAUCGAGGCUGCGAAAAAGGUUGGCAUUGCGCCGACGGCGGGUGAAGCUGCUAUCAAGGCGUUUAGAGAGGUUGAUGCCGAUCCGAGGACGCAUGAUCUGGACCAUACUUCCCUUUGGCUACAUGUUUACGGUAAUCUAGAUGAAUGGGCACAGGAGAAUCUUUAA